AUGACUUCAGUUAUACAAAACGCUAAAAUAGAAGGAGUUCAAAUUAGUUUGGUCGCUAACGGUGGAUUAACGGACACAUUCGAGGAAACUGUGGAACGUGUUGGUUGCAAUGGCGGAGCUGAGCUGGAUCAGGACACCAAAGACGAGACGUUCAUCGACGGCGGUUUACAGGGAGAAUUGUCCUUUAUCAGGUUUAACUCGAUCUGCCGGUUCUGCCUUGUCGAAGGGGAUGAGUUCCUGGAGAUAUUCGACACGUCCAACGGCGUCCUGGAAAUGAUUGCGGAAGUGUCUCCUGUGCAGAUAUCACUCGAAGACGUUUUACCGAAAAGAAUCUGUACAGAAUGCUAUGCUAAACUGAAAAAAUGCAUUUCAUUCAAACAACAAAUCGAAUCAGCAGAUGCAACGUUAAAAGAGGCCAUAAAACAGCACGCUGCGAAAUACUCAGAGCAUAUAGCCGGAAAUCUAGAUGUCGCUUCACAGACCAAAGAGCAUAAUAAUCAGUCAAUCUUGGAUUACGGAUCGCAGCAGGGACUACAGAAUGUAAGCAACUUAGAUGAACUGAUAGAGGAGGACUAUGAAACUGGCUAUAUGAUGGUGUACGAAACGGAUCCAAUCCUUUAUUCCGACUGUGAAAAAGGGGCCGAACAAGUUGAUGUACCAAUCGUUACUUUCGCUGUAGAGGCCAACCUCGGACAAGAGGUGAAUCCCGUCGUAAGUGAGCAAAAUGCCGAGCAAAAUCCGAAAGAGCAAAGGUCUGCAACUCCCGCCCAAUGUUCUACUUGUGAUAAACAAUUUGCUAGUCGUGCUCUUCUGAACAAACACAUGAAAGUUCAUCCAAAUAGAAAACUUGAUCAUGAGUGUCCCGUUUGUCACAAAGCCUUUCCACACGCUGCUAAUUUAGAAUGUCAUAUGAUAUCACACAGGAGCGAAAAUGUUGACAAUGCUGAAUCGGAAGGGAAAAUCAAGUGCAAUGAAUGUGAAGCUGCUUUUUCGGUUGAACGUGAUUUGUACAUUCACGGAUCCAUUCACGUGACGGGUGAUAAACUCCAAUGCCGGGAGUGUCUGAAGGAGUUUUCAAAUCUCCCAAAACUCAGACGCCAUGUCAAAACCCAUUACCAGGAUAAACCCAUCAAGUGUGAGCAGUGUGGUCGUGGCUUUCCAGAAAUGGCCUCAUUAACCCGCCACUACCGUAUCCACACAAACGAGCCGCGCGUACGAAAAUAUGCAUGCGAUCAAUGCGGCAAAUCCUACUAUGAUUCUCAUUCGCUUUCGAUUCACGUCCGUACACAUACCGGUGAGAAACCAUGGGUUUGCACAAAAUGCGAUAAACGAUUCAUUGACUCGCGCCUCCUCAAUUCACACAUGCGAACGCAUAUGAAUGUGCGAAAGCAUUCAUGCACAAUUUGUGAGAAAAAGUUCACCCAUCGAAGUACACUAAUAAGCCAUGUAAGAACGCAUACUGGCGAAAAACCGUUUGUUUGCACAGUUUGUAACAAGUCCUUCAUCCAAUCAUCGAAUCUAAUGCUUCACCUUCGAGUUCAUUCAGGCGAGAAGCCAUACAAAUGCUCAAAGUGUUCCAAGGCGUUUGGAAGCUCGUCAACUCUAGCAAUGCAUAUGCGCACACAUACCGGCGAAAAACCUUAUUGUUGCAAGCUCUGUGGUAAACGUUUCGCGAGGCAUAACUUAACGAUCCACAUGAGAAUCCAUACCGGUGAGAAACCAUACGAAUGUAGUGAUUGCCCCCGGAAGUUCACCACUUCGGGUCAGCUAGCUCAACAUAAACGAUUUCACACUGGAGACAAACCCUUCACUUGUGAAAUUUGCAAUAAAAGAUGGUCGACCUCGUCGUAUUUGAAAAAGCACAUGCAAACUCAUUCAAUGAACGCUGGAACCUCCUACCCAAGUCGUGUUGAAUCGCCGGACAGUACUGUUUUGGAGAAGGACAACCAUUUCAACCAUCACAGUCAUCGUAUUCGGAUCGAGGAGAUCCAAAGUGAUGCAGAAUUCAAUGAGAAUGCAAUGCUAGUCAAUGAUUUACUUGCAUCGGUGGUCAAUGUGAAUGCGGAAGUUCUGCAAAAUGGCAAUGUGGAGAUUCCGGAGUUAUCAACGAACGAUUCGGAUCAAGAUUUGAACGAGCUCAGGAAUGUGAUGAAUCCAGCAGAAUUCAAAAUGGAGGAACCUAAAUCAGCAGAAAUGGUGUCGGAAGGAGUUUACGUGACGGAAGCCUGAAAACAGUAUUUAUUGCAUGCUUUUUAUUUAUAUAGUUAUAUUUAAGAUAGUUGAUAAGGAAAGUAUCAUGAACGAGAAAUAUUU